CCCCCCCCCAACCUACGACAGCAUCGAUAUCGCGCAUCCAGCUGCGCCUCCCUGCCUGGACGGCUCUGCCGCUGCCGACACUCGAAACUCUCAGGGGACGUUACCCAAGGCAAACCGCGCCUUGUCAUUGUACACCCACCGAUUGAAGGGCGCCCCAUUGCGGCAACCGCCAAAUUUUUACGAGCCACGAUUUCCAUAAGGAAACUCGACGCAUCGUGUUCAUCGUCUUCAUCGUCGACUUUUGAGAGGAAAACCCAAUCAUCCUUCAUCUUCUGAUACUCGGCGAUCCAUCUUUACCGACGUCCACCUCCCCGGCCCGGCGAUCCGUGUAUCUGCAGCCCUGAUCAUUGUCCCUGACUGCAACAAUUGUCACCAUGUCCAUGUAUCCGCAUCGCGCCAUGGGCGCGGUGCCCCCCAAUAACUCGGCCCGGCUCAACGAGCUCCUCGACCAGAUCAGAACCGAGUUCGACACGCAGAUGCGCCAGACCGAGGGAUACGAACAUCAGAUCCAGGCCCAGGUCCAGGAGAUGCAGCUCGUCAGAGAAAAGGUUUACGCGAUGGAGCAGACGCAGAUGAAUUUGAAGCAAAAGUACGAGGAAGAGAUUGCUAUGCUCCGACGCCAGCUUGAGGGGGCCCGCGGAAACGCGCCGCCUAGCAUUGGCGGCCCCCCUCCUCACGCCGGACCGCCCCCAGGCCUCCCUGGCCCGCCGCCGCCGCCCCCUCAGUCGCAGCAGCCUUUCCAGCAAUAUCCCCAGGGUCCUGGCGGACCCGUCUCUAACGGCCUUGGCUCCCAGCCUCCUCAGACGACCGCAUCGCCUGGCCCCGGCAGACGCGGAAUUGGGCGACCUCCCGCGGCUGUUGGUCCGGCUACUCCUCAGAUCAACACCCCGAUUCCAUUCCCCGGCGCUACGCAGUCGCCCCAAGUCAGCCACCCGACGCCUGAUCACGCGCGGAUGGGAGGUCCUCAUGCCCCUCCUGUGGGAAACGCCCUUGGCGAUCUUGACCCUGAUCGCCUGCCUCCCCAUUCCAAGAAAUCGGGUCACGACUGGUUCGUCAUCUUCAACCAGCAUGUACCGCGGAUGCUUGACGUCGACCUUGUCCACACUCUUGCGCACGAGAGUGUUGUCUGCUGUGUGCGAUUCAGCCACGACGGCAAGUACGUUGCCACCGGGUGCAACCGGUCCGCCCAGAUUUACGAUGUUCAGUCCGGCGAGAAGCUGUGCGUUCUUCAGGACGACACUGUCGACAUCACCGGGGAUCUUUACAUCCGCAGCGUCUGCUUCAGUCCCGAUGGCAAGUACCUUGCUACUGGUGCCGAGGACAAGUUGAUCAGAGUAUGGGAUAUCCAGUCCAGGCAGAUUCGCAACACCUUCUCUGGUCACGAGCAGGACAUCUACUCGCUUGACUUUGCCCGCGACGGUCGCACGAUUGCUUCCGGAAGUGGAGACAGGACCGUCCGUCUCUGGGAUAUUGAGCAGGGUACCAACACUCUUACUUUGACCAUUGAGGACGGUGUCACGACGGUCGCCAUCUCUCCCGACACCAAGUAUGUCGCGGCUGGUUCGCUUGACAAGAGCGUCCGCGUUUGGGAUAUCCACCAGGGAUACCUCCUGGAGCGACUUGAGGGCCCCGACGGCCACAAGGACAGUGUCUACAGUGUUGCUUUCUCCCCCAACGGCAGAGACCUGGUCAGUGGCAGUUUGGACAAGACUAUCAAGAUGUGGGAGUUAAGCACGCCUCGUGGUCUUCCCAACCCCGGUCCCAAGGGAGGACGUUGCGUCAAGACUUUCGAAGGACACAGAGAUUUUGUUCUCUCCGUCGCUCUGACUCCCGAUGCUGCCUGGGUCAUGUCCGGUUCCAAGGACCGCGGCGUGCAAUUCUGGGAUCCUCGCACUGGAGCCACACAGUUGAUGCUUCAGGGUCACAAGAACAGUGUUAUCUCCGUCGCUCCCAGCCCGACGGGAGGCUACUUCGCCACCGGCUCUGGUGAUAUGCGGGCGCGCAUCUGGUCAUACCGAAGUGUCCAGUAGGAAGCUGGAGUCAACUUUUUGUGGGUUUCGUGAGUGGCAGAUAUGUAUACCAAAUAGCAGUCUCGAGUAAAUGGUGCUCUGUCACUGGGGGUUUUUGUGGUGAAAUCUGUUGUCUCUGACUUACGUCUUGGGACACCCUCAGUUGAGGAGACGGACAGGACGGUCGGGGGCGCACUGGCAGGGGACAUGUCGGAAUCUCGUAGCAAAUAGCCGUCGCUAAUGAAAGAUUUGAA